AGGGGACUGAGGAUGAAAACAUUACACUACCCUUUGUAGGGCAGGACAUCAAAGGGGGCUGAAUGGUAUAUCUGUUUCAUUGAUGAUAAGAGAGGAAAACGUGCGAAGCCACGGCUUUAUCACAUAACUCGUGUCGAUUUCAUUUCAGCGGAAUCUAUCAAGAUGGACUCACAUCUACAAGAAAUGAACGGAGGGGCUAAAUCAAGCAGUAGCUUUUCCGUGAAGGACAUACUGGAUCUACCUAAAGGGAAGUCCGUCCUCAGUACCGGGGGCCCUACUACAGUCAGCAGCGCCACCCUACUGUCCAUCCCGACGGUGCCGGAAGUACCGGAUCUCCCCUCGGUCACUGGAUACUAUGACAACGAUAACCCAUAUACACGCUGGCUCCAAACAAAUGAACACAUGCAUUAUACUAGUUUACCUCACAUGAAUUCGCCCAGCGACUCGAAUCACUCCAGCGAUGUGUCCACGACAGAGAACCAUUCUACUGUACAUAAUGACAUUACAGCCGUGAAAUCGGAAUUAAACAGUUCUGAGGACUGCGACAAACUUAGUGACAAUGAUGGUGAUGAUUCGCCAGGUUCCCAUAACAAUGAUGGCCAAAAGAAGAGGAAACGAAGGGUGCUAUUUUCUAAGGCUCAGACUUAUGAACUAGAAAGGAGAUUUCGUCAACAGAGGUACCUGAGCGCACCAGAGCGGGAACAUUUAGCUAGUAUAAUUAGGCUAACGCCAGUUCAGGUAAAAAUAUGGUUUCAGAAUCACAGGUACAAGCUGAAGAGAUCUCGACAAGAAAAAGGUUUAGAUCUGAAUCCAUUACCGUCCCCGAGACGUGUGGCUGUUCCCGUGCUCGUGCGGGACGGCAAACCCUGCCAACCUGGAAUGAACAGUAUUGUUAAGUCCCAGGAACCCCUUCCAAUGCAACCUAACAUGAACUCUCCCGUGAACAUGAACAGCAGUUUGAGUAACAUGAACAUGAACCCCAUGGGCUCGUUAACGAUGAACAAUUCCAUGAACUCAAGUUUACCCACAUCGAUGAACAGUAUGAACAUGAGCUGUUCAUAUAACACAAUGGGAUCUAUGAACGCAAUGAAUUUGAACAUGAAUAUGAAUAUGAACAUGAACAACAUGAACGUGUUACCGAGUUACAGUCACCCUCUAAUGCAGCCUCAGACUCGGUGGUGGUAACCUUGGUGACACUAAUGUGGAUUUAUGCUUCAUCAGAAAUUGUGAAUUUCAAACUAAAUCUCAAAGAAUGCUGUAGAAUUAUCAGAAAAAAAUGGCACAAAGUGCUAUUUCGCUUUAUAUUUUGACACAUUAUAAUUCGCCUUUAACACUCGUCAGAAAUGUGUUUUACGUGACAGGUUUUAAUAGUGCAGAACUUUAAUUUAUUGAUUUAAACAAAAGUGCUUUAUAGAAUAUGGUCACCACCAUUUUAUAGAUUUGUCCGUCAAACAUCGUUUAUCACGCACAUCAAUUCCAUUUCUGUGUUUACGUAUGACGUCAUUGUGUUAGUCAUAUCAUAUUUAUAUUAAUUCAGAAUGAAAUAUCAUGACAUGUU